UUAAAAUUUUCAAAUGAAUGAUUGAUAGUAGUGAGCAAUGUGAACAACACUGAACGUGAACUGUAUAUGUCAACAAACAUGAAAGGCCGAUUCAUAGGCGUACAGAAUCAUCGCAUGGCUAGCUAAGAUCACUAAGAAUCCUCCCAGGUCGGGGCUCGAACAUACGACAACUGACUUGUAAAAUCAGCGCCCUAUGCAUUGAACCACCCACGCGGACUGCAGUCAGGUCACCACACUUAUUGAAAAUAACGCAAAUGUUUUGAAUCCCACCCCACGUUUACUGCAGCUUCCAGCCAGUGAAGAGCUCCGUUGUUUUGAAUUCAUCAUUACCGAAAUGGAUAGCCCCUUUUUAAGACAGGCAUUCAAUGUACUGACUGCUGAGGCUAAAGAUCUUUUCUUGGGUCCAACAAUUCCGGAAAUGUUUGAUAUACCAACAUCACUAGAGUUUCUGCGGGAUCAUGUAGCAAAAAACAUCCCAUUGAUCAUACGUGAGGUUAACAACGAUUGGCCCGCUUUGGAAAAAUGGAAUUCGAAACAUUUUAGAGAAACGCUGUCUUCUAAAGAAAUCGUUGUCGCUAUCACACCCAACGGCUACGCAGAUGGAUUAGCACAACAUGAGAAUCAAGACUAUUUCGUACUUCCGCUUGAAACUGAGAUGACGAUGUCGCAAUUCUUGAAUACAUUGGACCAAAAAGGCGAAAACGUUCAUUAUAUUCAGCGACAGAAUUCAAACUUGACUGAAGACUUUCAAGAACUUUUCGGAGAUAUCGACACCGAUAGAUUAAGUUUCGCUAGUGAUGCUUUCAAUAAAGAACCUGAUGCAGUUAAUUUUUGGAUGGGCGAUGAGCGCGCAGUUACAUCCAUGCACAAAGAUCCUUACGAGAAUAUUUACUGCGUGAUUUCCGGUUACAAGGAUUUCAUUCUUAUUCCGCCAGUAGAUUUGCAUAAUGUGCCGAGAAAACGAUACCCGAUGGGUAUAUACAUGCAGGAGGAUGACGGAAAAAUGGUAAUAGAACCUAUUCUCGAUGACAUUGGUAGACCGCGACUUAUCGAGUGGGUGAGUGUCGAUCCGUUGAAGCCCGAUCUCAAAAGAUAUCCCGAGUACAGUGAAGCUACUGCCUAUGAGAUUCGAAUCAAUGCAGGUGACAUACUAUAUCUGCCAAGCCUCUGGUAUCAUCAUGUUCGCCAGAGUCACAAAUGUAUUGCUGUCAACUUCUGGUACGAUAUGGACUACGAUGCCCGCUACUGUUACUAUAAAAUGAUGGAAAAACUGUGUGGUUACGGUGAGGAAGAAGGCCGUGAGAUGCUUGGUUGAAAUUAUUUAUGCUUUAUUUAAACCAGAUUGUGAAUCGGUGUUGAAAUACACCGAUCAUUUUCUUUUGUGUACAUAGAGUUGUACUAUAUUGCACAUAAUUUUUCAAGACUUAACUAGUAACAAUUAAACAAGUAAUACACGGUAAAAUAAACACACUGAUAUGUUAUGCAUCUAACACUGGUAAUAAAAUUGCGUCAAUAGAUAAAAUUCGAAUAAUAUAUCUAA